CGCGUGUGGUUGACCGCACUGGCUAUUGGCUAUGUGUGAACACACACACAGAACACCAAAGAAGCAGCACUACUGAAUCUAACACUCGCUUUCUACCAGGACCGGAAAGCUGAUCGCUUCGAAAACCAUCCUACUUUCUCUCUCUCUCUCACACUCUUUUUUUCAGUUGUACUUGUGUGUAUAGAGGUGGAGAAAAGGAAAUACCCUCUCUCUCUCUCUCUCUCUCUCUCUCUCUCUCUCUCUCUCUCUCUCUCUCUCGCUCUCUCUUUCUUUCUCUCUGUCCUAUGGUGGGAUAAACAUUGAAGGGAUGAGCCUGUGAUACAGCACCAGACCUGAGUGACCUGACAGCUCAAACUAAUUCGGUUCAGACAAGAAGAAAUGCUGCCAAUUGAAUCCUAGUCUCUGAUAGCAGUGGAGAGCAUCCAGACUACUUCCCGGCAGAAUACAAGACUUCUCAGAUCUGGUUCAUCGGACAGAGUGACUUGCCACGCUCCGACUGCCCCCUUAUCCCCACAAGUGGCCUCUGCAUAAACAGCAUUUCAGUAAUUUCAGGACCAAGGAAUCAAACACCUGUGUGGUUGCAGUGAGACCUCACCUCUGCUCAGCCACAGCUGUACAUGGAGAUCCCUAGCUGGGCAGAAACCAAACCAGGAAACAGGCUGUGUAAAACAGGAAGUAUUGCUCUCUUUGGAAACGUAGUGUACAGUGGGCUGCUGAACGAUCACUUCUGGCAUUUCGGGGUGCCCCUUGUCACAAGACUGGGUAACCAGGAGGCCCCAGCUCCCCCAGAAGCCAUGGCUCAGCCAUACGCCCCAGCGCAGUAUCCUCCCCCUCCACCUCAGAACGGGUUGCCUGGCGAAUACACCCACCCUGGGCAGGACUACACGGGGCCCAGCCCAGUCCCUGAGCACGCUGCUGCUCUCACGAUCUACACACCCGCACAGACACACAGUGAGCCCCCUGGCACUGACAGCAGCACGCCUUCCCUCACAGGGACAAGCAGCUUACCACAAGCAGACGAUGUGGCGCAGACAGAUGGAUCUCACCAGCUUCAGCUCCAGCCUUCAGAUUCUUCCGAGAAGCAGCAGCCCAAACGGUUACACGUCUCCAACAUUCCCUUCCGCUUCCGUGACCCAGACCUCCGGCAAAUGUUCGGGCAAUUUGGGAAAAUUUUGGACGUGGAAAUUAUUUUUAACGAGCGGGGCUCCAAGGGUUUUGGUUUUGUUACUUUCGAAACGAGCGCAGAUGCAGAUCAUGCAAGGGAGAAACUAAACGGUACAAUCGUAGAGGGACGCAAAAUCGAGGUAAAUAACGCAACAGCACGAGUAAUGACAAACAAAAAAGUGGCCAACCCGUAUACAAACGGCUGGAAGCUGAAUCCAGUGGUGGGAGCUGUCUAUGGUCCUGAAUUUUAUGCAGUGACAGGUUUCCCCUACCCAACCACAGGGGCGACAGUGGCUUACAGGGGUGCCCACUUGAGAGGCAGAGGUCGUGCCGUUUACAACACGUUCCGUGCUGCACCUCCACCCCCUCCCAUUCCUGCUUAUGGAGCUGUGGUUUACCAAGAUGGCUUCUACGGUGCUGAGAUCUAUGGUGGCUAUGCAGCAUACAGAUAUGCCCAACCAGCUGCUGCAGCUGCAGCAGCCUACAGUGACAGCUAUGGCAGAGUCUAUGCAACAGCAGACCCGUAUCACCACACGAUUGGACCUGCAGCCACGUACAGUGUGGGCACUAUGGCUAGCCUAUACAGAGGAGGGUACAGUCGCUUCACACCCUACUAGAGAGAGAGAAUCAAUCCCCCGACAAAACAAACAAACAAACAAAAACAAACAAACAAACCACCUCUACCUUCCCUGGAAAACUAAAUAGAGCAAAAAGCCUCCAGGUCAUCCCUGAACAGACUCUCGAGUUCUUGGCAUUUCAGCUAAACUUCGUCUUAUCCUGUGUGCAAACCUGAACUUAUCCAGUAUUUCUGUUGCUUUGGUAUUGAUUUGGAAUCUGUUUUGUUUGUAUUAAAAGUGUGGUCGGGACGGGAGGGGCUGAGUGACAGAGAGGAGGGGGAUGCUGUCCAGUCACUUUUCUCAUUUAGUCUCGGCUUGGAUUUAUGGGCAUGAGCUCAGCUGAUUUAUGUGGACAUCGAGUGGGCCAGGAAGUGGGUUUAUUUGCCUUACUAAAUGGCACAGCAAUGAGCAACUUAAGCAAAACAAUAGCAGCGCUAUUUCGCUAAACUCGUAUGCUAUAUUUUUUCAGUCUUUGCAUUAAAGACCUCAAAUGUCCACUAAACACUUGUUAGAAGUGGCGAUGACUGCUAUUCAUUUGAAUAUGAAGAAAAAAUCUAUAAUGCAUAUGCUAUCUGUAAAGUACUAAUAUAGCCUUACUAUUUUUUCCUUCUUCAGUGAAUAUCAAAGGGAAAUAUGGAUAUACACAUUAAUUUACAAAGCUCCUGCUUUCUCUUAUGGAGUCUAUGAUUGUUUACCUGAACUAUAUUGUAGUAGUGUUAUAACUGAUAGUCACUUUGAUUAAUAGAACAUUUUUAAAGUAAUUCUCUGUCACUCGUGGCCUCUGUCACGCCCUCUUUCUCUUUUAUGUACUGUUCUAUAACCCAAUGAAAAUAGCUGGCUAUAUGAUUGCAAAUGUAUGUCAGUUAGUGAGACUGCUGUUAAGUUCUUUUCAAUAUUUGUUAUUAAAAAGUAUUCCAUUGCCACAGAUGGGCUUAAAAUGCAGUUACAUACAGGAUUUUAGUCGCAAAAUUAUUGUUUUUUAAUAAAGCAAUAAAUGCAGCACAUCUGGGUAAAUAAACAUUUUCACAAAUGCAAAUUUUAGUUAGUUACAGGCAAUAAUAACAAACUAAACAAAAUAAUCUAACAAUACACAUGCAUAUUAUUAUAAUGUUUCUUCACUAACAUUUUCAACAAACCCUGUAUACAAACACAUCUCCCUGUAGCAAAGCAAAUAUUCAUGAACGAAGGUCCCCGGAAAGGUUUCCUUCAGUUUUAAUCUGUUCGAUGUCAUAUAAAGAGCGCACACUUAAUCAAGGCUGCUUCUGCUGCUCAGAAAACAUUCUGUAAAUAAACACAGUGCAGUAAUGUGGAAAGAGAGAACACUUCCCCACUACACGGUCUAUUGCACCCUCUAGCUGAUGAGAUGUCCACAAUCCCAUUGCAACAACAGAGAUGACAGGGAGAGCAAUUACCGCUCAGAGCUGAAAUCUCCAUUGCACUCAUGUUAAUAUGGACUAUGCGGUCUGCUUGGAAAUGACUCUUAAUAUAUAAUUUAAAUACCAAAAAUACAGAGAUAUAAGAGAAAUCGGACUAUGGGGAAUGGUUAGUUCAAUUUAAAAGAAUAUAAAAAUACAGACUGGGUCCACAUCGCUUGGGAAGCUGCACUUUUUGCUGAGAGUAUCAGUUAUGAUUUUCUCAACAACAUUUUCAGGUAUUGAUUUGCUGUUGAGUUACAUGUUAUGUUCUGAGAGUAUGUGACCGAGUCAUAGAUCUUCGGAGCAUUAUAAGUCAAGCCCAAAAUGUACGCGGCAGAUAGGCCAGCCUUAGAAUUCCCAAUAAGAAUGGGAAGAUUUAAGUGAAUGUGCAGGGGAACAGUUGGAAAUGGGACAAACACCUCAUGUUUCGGAGAAAUUAGUGAAUACUCAACAUGUAGAAUCUGACCCUAGAACAGUGAUUCUCAACUGGUCUUGCUUCCAAACCCAAAUUUUACAUUAGACAUUAAGUGGCUACCCAACAUAGAACCAAAAUUUUUUAUUGUACAAAAUAUCAACAAAAAUGUCCGUAAAAUCUAAUAUUGAAAUUUUUGUAAUAUUACAAUGAACUGCAAAAUGAUUAACAUGAAAUACAGUAGGCUGAAUAGGGAAAAUGUAUCAUUUUGCUUUCUAAUUGUUCUAAAUUCUUGGACAUCAUAACCAUAACAGAGUAGUGCUCUCAGACUAGCGAUAUAUUUUCAUAAAGAUCCAUCUAGAUAAUCCUUAAAGGUAUAGUUCACCCAAAAAUUAACAUUUUGUCAUCAUUUAUGCCACCUCAUGUUGUUCCGAACCCGUAUAACUUUCUUUCUUCCAUGGAACACAAAAGUGGACGUUUGGCUGAAUUUUAGUCUUAGUCCCCAAUCAGUUUUAUUGUAUGAAGAAAAGGUGCAAUGAAAGAGAAAAGUGACUGUAGCUAAAAUUCAGCCAAACAUGUAUCCACUUUUGUGUUCCACUGAAAAAAAUUAUGUUUAUUUAUAUUUAAAAUAUAAAAAACAUUUUUUUAUUUUAUUUUUUUUUAUUUUAUUUUUUUGGUGAUCUAUCCCUUUAAAAAUUCUUCUUUCGAAGGACAAGCAACAUUACACUAAGGUGAGAGCUUUUAACCCCAAGGUGACAUUUCCCUGUGGCCCAACACUUUAUACAGGACUUGUGAUAAGACAUUUCAGACCUUUAGAGAACUGAGAGAAAGAAAGAGUUGGUAGUAAUCCUCACAGUGAAAUAGGACCCCCCUCGUUUCCUGGUAACUCAGGGCAUUGAUCAUGUCCCCUCAGAAACACACACCCUGCCCUGUAAAUAGCAGCCUGCACCCCUCAAAUGGAAUUGUAAGGGUGGAGUUAUAGGAGAAGGGGAAAGAAACCAGGGUAGAGAGGCAGCAUCCAAAGUAAUUUACUCCACAGAUUAAAGAUAACAGCAUUGAGUCAAUAACCACUGAUCUCAUUUGGAGAUACACUAGGCCGGCCGGGCUUGUGGCACAGCCGUUGUGCUCAGUCUAUUACCAUAGCUGUUGUGGCUGCCUCUCCAGACACAGCAUUCUCCCGUAAGUGUGAAAUGUCAUGCAGCCUAUUGUAAAACAUAGAUUAGAUGCAUUGCUUUUUUUCCCACCUUUGUAGGGAGAAAUCUACAGAGCAACAUAAUAUUUCACAUGAACGAAUGUGUCCUUGCUUCCCUAGUGCAGGCUCCUGCUCACUUUGCUCUGGGAAAAAAGGCAAAAAAAAAAAAAAAACUUGUUUAGGGAGCAAAAGAUGAACAAUGACUGAAAUUGUACAGGUGACACCAGGAGCAGUAAAAUUUCAAUUAUGUAACAUACACCUGCGAUACAUUAACAGAAGUUGCUACAUUGCUUGGCAACCGUAAACGGCCAAUGAACAUUUUGACAAAUAAACAGUAACACAUUAACAAACAUUAUAUAAUGCUUAACAGAUCAUUAGUUAAUGUAUAUUCAUUUAGUUAGAAUAUAUAUGAACUGAGCACUUUAUUAGGAACACCUGUACACCUACUUAUUCAUGCAAUUAUCUAAUAAGCCAAUCGAGUGGCAGCAGUGCAAUGCAUAAAACCAUGCAGAUACUGGUCAGGAGCUUCAGUUAAUGUUCAUAUCAACCAUUAGAAUGGGGGAAAAUGUGUUUUCAGUGAUUUCGACCGCGGCAUGAUUGUUGGUGCCAGACGGGCGUAGUAUUUCUGUAACUGCUGAUCUCCUGAGAUUUUCACGCACAACAGUCUCUAGAGUUUACUCAGAAUGUGCCAAAAACAAAAAACAUCCAAUGUGCGGCUGUUCUGCGGGCAGAACCUCCUUGUUGAUGAGAGAGGUCAACGGAGAAUGGCCAGACUAGUUUGAGAUGACAGAAAUGCUACGGUAACCCAGAUAACCACUUUGUACAAUUAUAGUGAGCAGAAUAGGAGCAUCUCAGAAUGCACAACUCAUCGAACCUUGAGGCGGAUGCACUACAACCGCAAAAGACCAGGUCGGGAACUUUAUUAGAUCCAUAGUGUUCCUAAUAAAUCAUUCAGUGAGUGUAUGAGACAGUGUUCCUAAUAAAGUGCUUAGUGAGUGCAUAAAAUACGCAUUUUAUUGAAUUUUUUUUUUAUAAAAGCAUUUUUAUUUUACCAUGGUCAAAGUUGUGUCACAUCUAAAAACACCCCUUAAUAGUGGUCAGAUUACUGUAAUGCACGACAUCUCGUUGCUUAUUCUUUCUCUUGUGAACAUAAAUAACAUUUUAAGAAAUCAACUUUGAGCAUAUUUCAAUUGCCUUGAAAUGUGAGAGCCAUUCAUGGCAGAAUACCAAGUUUGGUUGGGCUUCCAAGAAAAAUUACAGACGUUCCUGAAACAUCCCCUGAUUGCUAACCAGAACACCAGACAUCCAAACUAUUGCUCACCAGAAACCAAAAUUCAAAAGCUUGUUAUCUGUGGGAAUGGAAUAUCUUUGCUACCCAAAGUAUUUAAUAUACACUGUAAAUAACAUUCAAAUGUGUUCUGUUUUCUCUAUUCAAGCUUUGACAUUAUAUAUUCUUUCUUGUUUUACUUUACCUUUUUAUUGUUAUAUCCUAUUUAACAAUGCUUUAUAGGUGUUGAUAAAUUUGAAAAUUAAAAAACAGUACAUAAAUAACACAAGUGUGGCAGAAGAAAACAGCGCCACUACAGAGUACUUCAAAAACAUAUCUAUAUGAGAUAAAAUACAAAGUCUUUCUUUUUUAAGCGUAAUACACCCUAAAGAAUACUAUGUGGUAACAUUUUUAUAUUAUAUAACAGGCUUUAAAUCAAAUUUGUUUAUACCUUUUCUGAUGAGAGGAGAGAGCAUAGUAUGCCAAAAUGUGUUUCUGAGUCAGUAACUCUGUGCUGUGUGUUGUUGAGCUAUUUAAAUGUAUGUCCUUUUUCCAAAUAGCAGGAAGGUAUUUAAACUGCCCUCUGACCAUAUAUGUGGCUGACACAAUUUUAAUUGACUUUGUUGCAUUCUCCAGAUAUGUUCUGAGGAUGAUUGUAAUUUUUUUAUAGUGGUAAUUUAAUUUUAAAUGAAUCACAUAUUGUGUUCUGUGUUUUGUUUGCCCUCAAAAGUGGUAAAACUGUUUAGUUUAACCAUGAAACCCAUGCUUCCUCUUGGUAAAUAUCUAUGCAGAAUUGUAAAUGAAUCUGAUUGAGUUAACUCAUGCAAAAGGCGAUCAUAUUCUCUACUAAGCAUUUCCAUCUCUAUUUCAGCCAAUUAAAUGAAUUAAGAGACUAUACUAGGACUCAAUCACCCAUUUAUUUAAUUCCAGCAUUAAAGCAGAGAGAGGAAAUACAGGGCUGGGCAUGAAAUGACUGCUGAGUAGACACUUUGCAGUCUUCAAAACGAAUGUGUGAGCUUGCAGAUUGACAAGAUGGAAGUCUUCGUCUUGCAUGGACGCUGCAGUGGGCCAUUAAAAGAUUGCCUGUUUAAUUAGCUCUGUUAAUGCAGUCAUUUGUAAGAUGGCACCCUGGGCCAGGGGCCAGUCAAUCCGGCAGCAGAUUUUCACUAUCUUUCAUCUCUCCCAAUUUGAUGGCACAAAUAGUAAUUUACUAAGAGGUCUUUUUGAGAGUGCAAACAGGACAGAAUUAAAGCUACAAAUUUAUUUGAUUUAUUUAAAUAUUAAAUUGAGAAAAAAAAACUAAAUCGCAUUACUUAUUUCUCUGCCACCCUUCUGCUGUUUCGCUCCAUACAACUGCUGAAAUAGCAUAGAAUUAUGUCAAUAAUAGACCUUAACUGGGCAAUAACACAAUUUAAUAUUACAUCUGCUGUAUAUCUUCUCUUAUCUCAUUAACUUUCUGCAUUUUUAUAGAGUCAUUUAAAAUUGUGUCUAUUCGAUGUGCUGUUUCAUUGUGCAAUUUUCUUCUGUAUGGAUUUUUAGAAAAUGUUUUUAAAAAAAUAAGCAAAAAAGGUACUCUUUGUACAUAUUACUAUAUAUAAAUAUACUGUAUGUGAGUACAUACUGCAAACAUCUUUUAUAUGUAUAAUCCAUAGUAUUAAAUGUGUACUUGCUGUCCAUUUCAUGUACAUUGUGUUAGGAAUUUUCAGCUUAUACAAAUUGCAUCAUCUGGUAAAACCCGACUGGUACUACAUUCUGCCCUCAUAUAUCCAUUUGUUUUUAGACUCUAAAAAUUCAGUACUUAAAGCUAUGUACAUAAAAUAAAAAUAUCAAAUACUUAAGCAAUUUUUGUGUCUAAAUAAAAGAAAAAUUAUA